CUAUUUUCCUCGAAAGUACGUAAUGUCACGAUUCCAAAGCUAUACAAAACCACAGAUAGAAAGUUGAUUAUCUUACAUCUUGGAAAAUAUUUGUAAUGUUGUACUUAUUGAAGAAGUUCAUGCUUAUAUUGGAUUUUUGAGUUAGCGUCCAAUUAACUCACAUUCACACCUUGAAGGAGAGCUUUUCUUGUCCCAGAAUGAACAGCGUGGCUCUUCAACGUAAUAUUGGCAACGUACACAAUGGGCGUUAAUACUAUUCCAAUAAGAGUUUCCCCAUCUCUUCAAAAUUAUCUCUGGUGUUUCGCCAGGGUUCCCGGAUGUCUCGCGAUACUUUGUUUACAAACGAUUGAACACUGCGACACCUCUGGUACGCUGCUAUUUUGUGUCCUUCCUGACGCUGCCUUUUCCACAGCGAGAAUGGUGCAGCUGCACGUGAAACGUGGUGACGAAAGCCAGUUCCUGUUCAGCACGUCAGUCGACGUCCCGUUGGAAACCCUGACCCAGCAGGUCACAGCCAUCUAUAACACCAGGCUCAAAGUAGACAGGAUAUGCUCAGAGUUCCCAGAGCUGGUGGACCACGGAGUGACGCUGCCCCCCAACAUGCAGGGUCUGACGGAUGAACAGAUUGUUGACCUGAAGCUAAAAGACGAGUGGGAGGAGAGGUGUGUCCCCAGCGGAGGACCUGAAUUCAACAAGGAUGAGAUCGGAAGGAGGAACGGACACGCUCCUAACCAGAAGAUGAAGGAGGUGCUGAGGAACACUAUGGAGGAGGCCAAGGCAAUCAUCUCUAAGAAACAGGCGGUGGCUGGUGUGUGUGUUACCAUGGAGACGGUGAAGGAGGCGCUGGACCAGCUGAGGGGCGCGGUGAUGAUAGUCUACCCCAUGGGCUUGCCGCCACACGACCCAAUCAGGAUGGAGCUGGAGGACCAGGAGGACCUGUCAGGAACACAGGCAUCUCUCCAGGUGAUUCCAGUGGAGGAGGCUCAGCUGUGGUGGGCUGCUAAGGAGUUGCAUAGAGGGAAGAAACUACAGGAUUACAUCGGCAAGAACGACAAAACCAAGAUCGUAGUCAAAAUACAGAAGAGGGGCCAGGGGGCGCCAGCCAGAGAACCUGUGGUCACAGAGGAACAACAGAAACAGAUGAUGAUGCACCACUACAAGAGACAACAGGAACUCAAGAUGCUGGACGAGGUGGAAGACGACAGUCACCUCCACUCAGACUGGUCAGACAGACAGGCCUUAAAGAGACAGUUCCAGGGCCUCAGCAACAUCAAGUGGGGUCCCAGAUAGACACACGGCUUUAUUUAUGUGUUUUUUAAUACAAAUUGUAAGCUUAAGUUUACAAAAAAAAUUAGGUUGGUUCUGCAAUGUUGAAAAUAAAGUGUGUUGACAAAAAAAAAA